UUCGUUACCAGUAUUCCCUGCGCUCGUCAAGCAGCGAACAUGCUAUCCACUCUGCAGCCUCCUCGCUGUUCCCUUUCUCGCUUCCCUCUCCAUCUUCCUUCUAAACCCUUCUUCUUUCACUCCAAACAAACCCCCCUCUCAUCUCCAUAUCCCAUCGCCAAUGCCACUCUCACCGACCAAAUUGCAACUUCCGCUUCUUCCCCAUCUCUUCACUCCCAAAUUCUCUCCAUCCGCCAUUCCCUUCUUUCCCGCCAAUUCACUGCCACCCAACUUGCCGAGUCCUAUCUCAAUCGCCUUCGAGCAUUGGAGCCUCACCUUAAGUCAUUUCUCCACGUCUCUGAAACCGUUCUCUCCGAUGCCCGCGAGAUUGAUGACAAAAUUCUGAGAAAUGAGGAAUUGGGUCCUUUGGCUGGGGUGCUUGUCGGCGUUAAGGACAACAUUUGUACUGCGGGUAUGCCUUCCACUGGUGGGUCUAGGAUUCUCGAUGGGUAUCGACCGCCAUUUGAUGCUACUGCUGUGAGGAGAAUCAAGGAGUUGGGCGGGAUUGUGGUUGGGAAGACUAAUUUGGAUGAGUUUGGAAUGGGUAGUACUACUGAAGCCUCUGCUUUCCAGGUGACUGCAAAUCCGUGGGAUUUGAAAAGGGUCCCGGGAGGAUCAUCAGGAGGCUCCGCUUCAGCUGUUUCUGCUAGGCAGUGUGUGGUGUCUUUAGGAAGUGAUACAGGUGGAAGUGUGCGGCAGCCAGCGUCUUUUUGCGGUGUUGUUGGGUUGAAACCAACGUAUGGUCGUGUCUCAAGAUUUGGACUUAUGGCCUAUGCUUCAUCGCUUGAUGUUAUUGGGUGCUUGGGGACAACAGUGGCUGAUGCUGGGAUUCUUCUACAUGCAAUUUCUGGUCAUGAUACACUUGACGCCACUAGCAGUAAACGAGAAGUUGAUGAUUUCACAUCGCAAUUUACUGCUGUUGAUUCAUUGGAAAGUAAACCCUUGAAGGGAUUGAGGAUUGGCCUAAUUCGUGAAACUCUUGAUAAUGGUGUUGAUGGUGAAGUAAGUUCUGCAAUACGUGCUGCUGCUUCACAUCUUGAAGAACUGGGAUGCUCCAUCAAUGAGGUAUCACUGCCAUCAUUCUCUCUUGGGCUGCCUGCCUAUUACAUUCUUGCAUCAUCUGAAUCAUCUUCAAACUUAGCACGAUAUGAUGGUGUCAGAUAUGGAAAUCAAGCUGUUGCUGAUGAGCUAACUGGCCUAUAUCAAAAUUCCAGAGCAACAGGAUUUGGUUCGGAGGUGAAAAUGAGAAUUUUGAUGGGAACAUACGCUCUCUCUUCUGGUUAUUACGAUGCUUACUACAAGCGUGCUCAGCAGGUGAGAAGCAUUAUUCAGAAAAGCUUCAAGGCAGCAUUAGAUGAAAAUGACAUCUUAAUAUCACCAGCUGCUCCAUCUGCCGCUUAUAAAAUUGGUGAAAAGGUGAAGGAUCCAUUGGCAAUGUAUGCAGGUGACAUCAUGACUGUCAAUGUUAACUUAGCUGGACUACCUGCAUUGGUGUUGCCUUGUGGAUUUGUUAGAGAUGGGUCCUCCGACCUCCCUGUCGGCCUUCAAAUGAUUGGCGCAGCAUUUGACGAGGGAAAGCUUGUUAAAGUGGGACACAUCUUUGAGCAAACUCUUCCAGACUGCAGAUUUGUUCCACCUCUACUAUCGGAUCACAUUGAUCACAUUGAUCACAUUGAUCACAUUGAUCACAUUGAUCACAUUGUGGGUUAGCUCCAAGUGUGUUGAGUUGUGAAAGCACCCAAAUUGGAAGCUUAUGUACUAUUCAUUAUUAUUCGGUGAGUGCUACAAUUCUUUUGGGUUCUCUCUCUCUCUUAUCUAGAACAACAAAUGGAUUGGAUUCAAUUGGUAAAAUUUUGGUUGCUAUUAUUGGGACCUUAAAUGAGUCUUCAUUUCGGCA